UUAAAAUAUUGAGCUUCCGGAAGAGAAAAUUAGGCAGCAGCGUGAACCAAAACCAAAUCAUGAGGCGUGAAAACUUGCAGUUGGCAAACUUAUCGCAGAUUUACGAGGCACAGCUCGCCCAUGUGCGCAGCCGCGUGCAGGAAGCGACGCAGUUCCUCGACGAUAAACGCAACGCUCUCAAGGCUAAGAAGAGCCGCCUCGACCGCCGCAUUAAGCAGGUGCUGAAUAAGGAGAACGAGGUGCGCGAGCGCGAGGAGCGUGUCAAGAUGUUGGAAAAGGCGUUGGCUGAGGCCGAAGAGAAUUUACUGGAGCGCGAGAAAAUGAUCGCCGAAAAAGAGAAGGAACUAAUGGGCACCAAAGGGGAGACCAACUAGAAUGAAAAUGAAUUCAAGUGUUCACAAUUUUCCAACCAGUUAAAUAAAUCAAAAG